CCACCCCUCCGCAUGAGUGAGACGGAGGAAUUUAAACACACUGCUUCUGAUGGAUUACCGUUUCAAUUGAGUUUCUCUUGGAUUACAUUUUUAUUGUAUUUCCAAUUAAAACUGCGUAAACAGUACAUGGAUACAUUGUAGUGACAAUUGGUGACGUGAACAACCACUACUUUUUCUUUGGGUGGAAAACAGCUUACCCGUUUUUUUUUCAUUCGGAAAAACUUCUCAGUUUACAGAAGUACUGGGUUAUUUUGGGACGAAUGUCUUAGGAUAUUGCCGAUUCUGUGCGCUUCGAAGCCAUGGGGUACUUCUGGUAUCAGUGUGACCAUCUCUGGUGCGCGUCUCUCAGAUGGAAGCGGCUGUACAUAUCCACUGAAAUGGAAGUUUAACAUUAUACCACCUAGAAACAGUCAAUGGGAAUACAAAUGGACUUAGCAUUCAAUGGGAAUACGACCCUGAGCAUAGAAAACAUGGCUUGCAUUCCAAAUUUCUCUGCGCAAUGGCUAGAUAGGAAAAAACACCAGUAGCAUUCAUAUUUGAAGUCAGGAGCAACGAUGAUAGCGACCGGGGGCGUGAUCACGGGCCUGGCGGCGCUGAAGCGGCAGGACUCGGCGCGCUCGCAGCACCACGCGUCCUCCCAGACGCAGCCGUCGGACGGCGAGAGGAAGAAGGCCAAGCGCAAGCCGCGCUCGGACGUGGUGGUGGUGCGCGGCAAGCUCCGCCUCUACUCGGCGUCGGGCUUCUUCCUGGCGCUCGGCGUGCUGGUGCUGAUGGCCGGCAUCGCCAUGGCGGUGCUGGGCUACUGGCCGCGCAAGGAGCCUCACCGGCACCCGCGGCCGCCCGGCGGCAGGUUGCCCACCACCAGCGACGGCAUCGCCGGCGGCGGCAACGUGUCGCGGGUGAGGCCCGAGCCGGGCGGCCUGGUGGCGCGGUUCUUCGAGCGGCACCUGCACUCGGAGAGGAUGAAGAUGCUGGGCCCGUUCACCAUGGGCAUCGGCAUCUUCAUCUUCAUCUGCGCCAACGCCAUCCUGCACGAGAACCGCGACCGCGAGACCAAGAUCAUCCACAUGCGCGACAUGUACUCCACCGUCAUCGACAUCCACAGCCUGCGCGUCAAGGAGCACAAGUGCAUGAACGGUGGCGGCGCGGUGUACGCCGGACCUUACGGCGAGCACGAGGCGUCCAGGACUUACCACCACCAGCAGCACCUCCACGAGAACCAGUGUGCCUCGCGGCUAGCGGCCAACACGCUGCUGUCCUUCUCCGGCGUCGGGAACGACGUCCGGCUCUCGCGGCGCGCCAGCUCGGCCGAGGAAGAGGAGGGUCUGCUGGGCGAGGCCAAGGGCGGCCUGGGUCACCUCGGGAACUACCGGGAACGCUCCGGGUCCAUCUUCGGCCUGCAGCCGGAGGGGGGCGGCCGGCCGUGGGACGAGCGCUCCAAGAAGUGCCGGACGGGCUCCAUCGUCUCGUCGUCCAUCAGCGCCUUCACCCUGCCGGUCAUCAAGCUCAACAACUGCGUGAUCGACGAGCCGGACAUCGACAGCAUCACCGAGGACUCGGAGGGCCAGGCGCGCGCCCGCUCCCGGCCGCCCUCCACGGAGUCCCUCACCGUGCCUAUGCCAGACCUCGCCAAAGCCUACAAGCCUCCGACGGUGACCCUCCUCCGGAGCAACUCGGCCACCGACUCCUCCCUCUCCUCCGGCUUCUCCCUGCAGGCCUCCUCGCUCUCGCCCAUGUCGGCCAGCAGCUGCUUCCUGUCGCCGGGCGCCGCCGCCCGCAAGGACUUUGGCUCCAACAGCUCCAUGCACAUGCUCUCGGCCCACUCCAAGUCGCUGGACCUGGAGCGCGGUCACGCCCUCACCCUCACCGUCCAGACCGAGCAGCGCAAGCACCCCAGCUGGCCCCGACUGGACCGUAGCAACAGCAAGGGCGGCUACACGAAGCUGGAGAACAAGGAGGACCCGAUGGACCGGCUCCUGGUGCCGCCGAUGGCCAUCAAGCGGGACUACACCAAGAAGGAGAAGCUCCUGAUGAUCUCCAGGUCCCACAACAACCUCAGCUUCGAGCACGACGAGUUCAUGAGCAGCUCGCUGAAGAGAGGGACCUCAGAGACCAGGUUUUAGAAUGGACAUGCUUUCACAGGUGCCAUAACACACACACACACACACACACACACACACACACACACACACACACACACACACACACAAACACACACACACACACAAUCUGUCCAUGUUAUUUGUGAUAGGAAGAUUCUACCGCAAUACAAAGUGAUUGUUUUUGGGGUUUUUAUGUUUGUGUUAUCUUGCAGUGCACCGUAGCAUCGUGGCAUUGGUGUAAUAUGUAGGUACUUUCACUGAACUGCUCAGGUAGCCAUUAAUGAGUGAAACGUCUAAACAAUGUUGAAAUGACAUGCCCACUGUUGGGAGGACCUCUGGCAAUUCAUGUAGAAAUGUGAAUUAAAACCUUAUUAAGGGGACAAAACAGGACUCAAACGAGAAACAGUGUUAUAACUGGUGUGUUGUAAUGUACAAUGUUUUUAUUGUCUUUGCUUUAAAUGAGAGGGGAGAUAUUGUUUGUUUUUAAACACUAUCUGUGUGCUGUAUCAGAGCUAGCAAGGUAUUUUGCUAAGAGGCUGUAUAUAAUUAAUUGUUCAAACACACUGCUAUUUUUGAAGCGUCAUCAAUGUAUAAUUUAUCUGUUUCUCAAAAUAAAGAUGAAAA